AUGUUAGGGACCAACCUGAAGACAUGCAAGCUCGAGAAUGACCCUUGCCUGAACCACGGCUACAUGGGCCCCGCCUGCAGCUGCCUCUGCCCGCCAGGCACGAAGGGCAAGAACUGUGAAGUUCUGGAGAUGGCCUAUGACGAUGCGAUGCUGAAAUUAUUUUGGACAAAUUCAAGCACUAUUACGAUGAACAAUACUGUGGUCAAGAACCCUGAAUGUUCAGGAACUUCAGGCUGUGGGGUAGCAAUGGACAUCGUGCUGCAAGCCGGCAAGUGUGAGCGAGCCGUGCUGACCUUCCAGGACUUUGAUCUUUUGGAGCGCCGUGAGGAUGGAUUUUGCCAACCUGCAAGCAAGCUGGCAAUAAAAUCAAAAAUCGAAGACGGGAGCCCAAUGAUUUUCUGCCACAAAGAAUUCCUGCCUGGCCAAGUGUUCAAAGGCGAAAAAGGCCUCUUCUUCCUCUCAUUCGAAGGCACCGUAGGCUCACCGAACCUGAAGUAUGAAGAGUGGAAGGCCCUCUUCACCACUGAACGCAUCGCUGGCUGUACCUGCCCAGCUAGUGUGCUCUGUCCUGCCGACACGCAGCACUCAAUGAACACCGCCCGCUCAAAUCAGCCUAAAGCUGCUCUUGAGGCUCUGGAAAAGUCGGAGUGA